CCUGCACUCUUUGUGAAUGAGGGCAGGGAACACGGCCCUUCCCCCGCCCAGGAGCCACGCCAGACCGCCGCACUCAGAGGACUGUUUGUUAAUAGUCCAAUUAGAUAAUUGCCAUCUUUCACUCCUUUUGCUCCGCAUUUCCCAUAAAGGAAUGAAUGGGGAGAGCGGCGUGGAGAGGGCUUCUGCCCCGGCAAGGUGACGAGAAGGGCUGGAGCAUGCUCCUUGCACAAGGCCAUGCGCUUGAAUUGAAUCAUUGUAGCCUAAUCAAUGCUCUUAUUGGAUUACUGGCUGUUGCUUUUCUCAAAGAUAUUGUAGCAGAGACAAUGAAAUAGCUAGGGGAAAACUUUUUUUUUUUUUUUUUGAAGCAGAUCUCACAGUUGAGAUUUUCCCUGCUCUCUCUCUCUCUCUCCCCCUCUCUCUCUCCUGCUGGACUCUCUGAGCACAAAGCUGCCCUUUGAAUGGGCUGUCUCAGGGCUGCUGGAGGUGCAGGCAUGAAAAAAUCCAACUGGAACUAAAUGAAGAGAGGUGGCAGUUUAAGAUGGCUGUCAGCGUCGAGGUGUGUUAAGGAGUUGCUUGGGGAGACAGCUUGGCUUUUUUGAGUGUGGGGGAGAUACUUUUUGGGGAAAACUUUCUCUCCUCCCCCGCUCUCCCCACCCAGAGGCAACUGCUUUCUUCUGCUGCUGCAGGGUGUGUGAGGGGUAUUUUCCCUCCCCCCUCCACCCUCAUUCAGCGCUAUCUGGCGAGUGUGGAGAAAACCCCUCUAGCCAGUAUGUGAACAGGAGGGUCAAAGGCAAAGGGAAAGUUAAUAAUGCCUGCUAAUGGUACUAACAAUUCAGGAUGAAUCUUGUCAAAAGUUUUUCUGGAAGUGUAGGUCUUUGAUUGUGUGUUUCCUGAAAGCAAGACCAAUCAUUUCCGUUUAUUCACUGGCUAAACCCCUACUUGAUUGGGGACAAGGACAGAAACCAUCCAUUACGAUCUGAUAUAUUAUCCAAACAAUUUAGUGUAUUCAUGAGGUAACCGAAACGUGGGGGCUGCGAAAUUACCCGUAAUCAAUUGCAACAGCGAGUGUGCGUCCCCCCGGGUGUCGGACAACUACAACUCGCCGUCUCAGUAACUGGCGGGAGCCGCAGCAUUUCGGAGUUGCGCUGUUCGCUACCUGAUCGCCAGGCUGGGGACAUUGGACGUGCUCAGAAGACGCGGGCGCUGACGAAGCGGCCUCGCCGCGGCUGCACCGGGAUCCUGGACCAGACCCGCCGCCUCUCUGGGAGCGCGCCACUCUUCCGUCGCUGCUGACCCGCCGGCGGCCGCCGAAGCCGCCCCGCGGGGGACAUUCAUUCUUGCCGCUUGCCUCUCUCCAGACUGAGCUUAGAGGCUGCGUUGUAGGGGUUUUGUCCCCUUCUGCUUCUUUUUUUUUCCCUUUCUCCUUUUUUUCUUUCUUUCUUCGUUUUUUUUUUUUUUAUCAUUCUAUUUUUUCCCCUCUCUCUGUGUGUUUUGCCUAUGUUCGGGAAACCAGACAAAAUGGACGUCCGGUGCCACUCGGACACCGAGGCCGCCCGGGUCUCGAAGAACACGCAUAAGGAGAGCCGCGAGAUCAAGGGCGCCGAGGGGAGCCUCCCGGCCGCCUUCCUCAAGGAGCCGCAGGGCGCCUUUUCCGCGUCGGGCGCUGCGGAAGACUGUAACAAAAGUAAAUCCAAUUCCGCUGCGGACCCGGAUUACUGCCGCCGGAUCCUGGUCCGAGAUGCCAAGGGGUCCAUCCGAGAGAUCAUCCUGCCGAAAGGCUUGGACCUGGACCGGCCCAAGAGGACACGCACGUCCUUCACGGCGGAGCAGCUCUACCGGCUGGAGAUGGAGUUCCAGCGCUGCCAGUAUGUGGUGGGCCGCGAGAGGACAGAGCUCGCCCGGCAGCUCAACCUCUCUGAAACCCAGGUGAAGGUCUGGUUCCAGAACCGGCGCACCAAGCAGAAGAAGGACCAGGGCAAGGACUCGGAGCUGCGCUCGGUGGUAUCGGAGACCGCGGCCACGUGCAGCGUGCUGCGGCUGCUGGAGCAGGGCCGCCUGCUGUCGCCGCCUGGUCUGCCCGCGCUGCUGCCACCGUGUGCCACGGGCGCUCUCGGGUCUGCUCUGCCGGUGCCCUCGCUGCUAGGCUCGGUCGCCAGCCGCCUGUCCUCCGCCCCAUUGACAAUGGCUGGUUCGCUAGCCGGAAAUUUGCAAGAACUCUCCGCGCGAUAUCUGAGCUCCUCGGCCUUCGAACCUUACUCCCGGACCAACAAUAAAGAAGGGGCCGAGAAAAAAGCGCUGGACUGA